GUUUGUGCGUGCAGCAGAUUUUUAUUUAACUCAAUCUCUGCGUUAAAGCGUUUCUUUUUUCAUCUUCGUAACCGCAUAUCUUUUCAACAUGCCGCCAAAAAAACUCGCUGAACCAGAAAUUAAGCCUUUGAUCGGCCGUAUCGGAACUAACCUUCGUAUUGGCAUCGUCGGUGUGCCGAAUGUGGGCAAAUCUACGUUCUUCAACGUGCUUACUAAAAGUGCGGCACCAGCAGAAAAUUUCCCCUUCUGCACCAUCGAUCCUAAUGAAAACAGAGUUCCAGUGCCCGAUAGCCGGUAUGACUAUCUUUGUGAGUACCAUAAGCCUGCAAGCAAGGUGCCCGCUUAUCUGAAUGUGGUCGAUAUUGCUGGGCUAGUAAAGGGAGCUGCCGAAGGACAAGGUCUUGGCAACGCCUUCUUAUCUCACAUCAGUGCAUGCGAUGCAAUUUUCCAUCUGUGCCGUGCAUUUGAGGAUUCGGAUGUGACACAUGUUGAGGGUGAGGUUGAUCCAGUGCGUGAUUUAUCCAUCAUCAGCGAGGAGCUGCGACUGAAAGAUGAAGAGAAGCUGUUGACUAAUCUCGACAAGCUUGAGAAGCUGGUCACACGUGGCGGUGACAAGAAGAGCAAGCCGGAAUAUGAAACGCUAUUGAAAAUCAAGGAGGUGCUGACUGAGGAGAAGAAACAUAUCCGGUUUGCCGAUUGGAGCGCACAUGACAUCGAGGUGCUCAACAAGUAUCUUUUCCUUACGUCUAAACCAUGCAUUUAUCUGGUGAAUCUUUCGGACAAAGAUUUCAUUCGCAAAAAGAACAAGUGGUUACCGAAGAUCAAGGAGUGGAUCGACAAGAACGAUCCUGGCGCUCCGAUCAUCCCUUUUUCGGGAGCGUUUGAGCAUCAGCUGGCCGAGCUGGAAACGGAUGCGGACCGGAAAGCUUACGAGGAGGAACACAAAUGUGUCUCGGUUCUAGACAAAAUCAUCACCACGGGCUAUAAGGCGCUGCAGCUCGAGUACUUCUUCACCGCCGGACCGGACGAGGUGAAGGCUUGGACGAUUCAAAAAGGCACGAAAGCCCCGCAGGCUGCUGGACGCAUUCACACCGAUUUUGAGAAAGGUUUCAUCAUGGCGGAAGUGAUGCACUUUGGUGACUUUAAAGAGGAAGGCAGCGAGUCUGGUGCUAAGGCCGCCGGCAAGUACCGCCAGCAGGGUCGUAACUACGUGGUUGAAGAUGGUGAUAUCAUUUUCUUCAAAUUUAACGCCGGUGCUGGUUUGAAGGAUGCAAAAAAGAAGUGAUACUACCAGGUUGCCACCACAAUCAUCGUCGCCCUCCUAUACAUCAACAUGAUACUUUAUGCGCACAGCUUUCUUCCUCAACUUAGCUAAAGUGUGCUCAGAGGGUAGUUUGAAAUUCUAUAUGGCGGUGUUAACUAAACAAAUUAUUAAAUGCAAAAUUUCAAUAGAGAAAAAAUGCAAUUGAUACGAAAUCACAGCCUAACAAAUUACUUUCUCUUCACUCAAAUUUUUUUAACUGCUCCAGAAAUUUCUUCUUUACAUUACUUUACGUUUAAGAUGAAUCACUAAAUCUGAUAUGAUAAAUUGGUAUUUGAGAUUCUGAACGAGUUUCGUUCAUAUUUUGUUAAACGAUAAUUCAGCUACUAUUCAACAUACUUUGUAAAACAUCUUUAAACAUUAUCUAUGGAAUAAAAUUGUGCGCGAAAGAUAUGCUAUGACUGAAUCUUUUCCAGUAACGAUAUAUAUGCAUACUGAUGGUCGUGCGCCAAUGAAGAAUAGGGCUUUAUUGAUCAUAAGCUUCGUUUCUUCUAAUACCAUUCUCGACAUAAAAAAGUGACUAGUACACGUGCUGCUUGCAAGUACAUUUGUAAUUGAAUUGAUGCUUUACAUAAUAACAUAAUAAAUGGCUCAAAUUAAA